AUGGAUCAUAAGAAUAAGACUCACAUUGAGGAAUUCAUUCUACUUGGAUUUCCAACCACCAUGGAACUGCAGGUGCUUCUGUUCGCGAUAUUCCUUACGGUCUAUAUCCUGACACUGCUGGAAAAUAUAGUUAUCAUUGUUGUGAUCAAAAACCACCCUCAGCUUAAUAAACCCAUGUAUUUCUUCCUCACCAAUCUUUCCUUUUUGGAGACAUGGUACAUUAAUGUUAUUGUUCCAAAGCUAUUGGCCAACAUCCUAGUGGAAGACAGGACCAUUACAUUUGAAGGAUGCAUGGCACAGCUCUACUUCUUUAGCUCCCUCCUAUGUACAGAGUGUGUUCUUCUGGCAGUGAUGGCAUAUGACCGAUACGUAGCCAUCUGCAACCCACUGCACUAUUCAACCAUCAUGACCCAACACCUCUGCAUGAAGUUAGCUGGGGGUUCCUGGCUAACUGGCUUCUUGGCUUCAAUGCUAAAGGUUGUCUUCAUAUCUAGACUGCCCUUCUGUGGCCCCAAAGUCAUCAACCACUUCUUUUGUGAUAUUUCACCUUUGCUAAAUAUGUCUUGUGAAGAUAUGACAGUUGCCGAAAUAGUGGAUUUCAUCUUGGCCUUGAUAAUUCUGUUGAUCCCACUCUCAGUUACUAUAAUAUCGUAUGUCUAUAUUAUUGGAACCAUUUUGCGUAUUCCUACUGCCCAGAGCCAGAAGAAAGCCUUCUCCACUUGUACUGCUCAUCUCACUGUGGUCACCAUUUUCUUCUCAGCCACUCUCUUUAUGUAUGCACAACCAAAGAGGAUCCACCCUUUCAACCUUAACAAAUUGGUUUCUGUUAUGUACACUAUUGUCACACCAGUGCUGAACCCUUUCAUUUACUGUUUGAGAAACCAAGAGUUUAAGGGUGCUCUAAAGAAAGCUUUCUCUAACAUCAGUUUUCAUCCCUCAAAACUCAGUUUGGCUCGCUAA